UCGAUUCUUAUUGUCAACAAUUUUAAUUUUUAUCGCAACUUUUACAUAAAAAAUUAAAAAAUAAAAUAAUGUCUGCAAACGACUCAUUGAAAAGAAAAAGUGACGUAAUGGUGGAGUGUGUAAACGAAGAGUUACAAGAACCAAAUUCAAAACAAAUCAAAAUUGACGAUGCAGUACAUAACCUAGAAAACUCACUUUCAAACAAUGAUUCAACCAAACAUGAAACAUCAAAGGAAAGCCUUACCGACGAUUUGGGGUCCAUCGCUUGCUGCUUGACCGUCAAAUUCCAUGACGACACCACAGCAGACAUGUAUAAAGCGAAAUUCUUGGAAUUUUUAAACACCUUCAAAGAGUUCCGAAUUGACAAUGAAAGCGACUAUUUUAUCCGCGUUUACAAAGACGAGAAUGCACUUGAUUACCCAGAAAAAACCAUCGGAGAGUCCGAUAUUCAACCAGCAUCAACAAAAAAACGAAAGAAACAUUCUAAAGCCAAAAAAGAGCUAUUCGUAGUGGACGCAACUCCCUCAGACAACUCCAAUUCAGUCGAUUUGAGAUACACAACAAAAUUCACGAUCAACACGGAAACAGAAGUUGAGGAAAUUGUUAACCAAAGCUCAAAAGGAGGUUGUUUCAAUUGCGGCGAAAGGCAUCCUUUGAAAGAUUGUCCGCUACCAAAAGACCACGCAAAAAUUGCGCUGGCGAGACAAAGAUUCAAGUUUCAAGCGAAGUCGGGGCGCUAUCAUUUGGAUGAUCAAAGGUUUAGCCAUCUUGAACCAGGGAAAAUUUCCGCUGAGUUGCGAAAAGCUCUUGGGUUGCAGAAAAAUGAAACUCCGCAUUUUGUGUACUUGAUGCGGAGAUUGGGGUAUCCCCCUGGGUGGUUAGAAGAAGCUAAAUUUGUGCAUUCCAACCUUGACAUGUUCGAUAUUGACGGCAAGCAUGUGAAGAGUUGUGUUGUCAAAAAGGCGGGGUUAGAUGAAAGCAGAAUUGUAGAUUAUCCAGGUUUCAAUGUGCCAUUGCAGAAAGGAAUGAAAGAUGAUUACCGAAUAUAUCGAGUCCCACCUUACUCCGACAAUUUUAGUAAGCAGGCAAUGAUAUGUUUCUUUGAAAAAGAAUGUCUACGAGAUGAAGAUAAUUUGGAGACGUGUGACAUAAACAUCGAGCGCGAGCCAGAUCGUUUGACUAUAAAACACAAACAAAUUACGGAAAUAAAAGCGAGUGCAGGAAGAAAUUCGCCAUCUUUAGUUGAUUUAGAACAGCAGAAACGCCAGUUACUGGAAGAACUUAAUGAAGAGCCCACGGACGAAAGAAAGGAUUCUGAUAGUGACGCAGACAAAGAUUUUCUGGCGAUUAAAACCAGCUGUUUUGGUACACCUUUAUUGAAAAGUAGUUCGCCAUAUUCCAGACUGCCUAACCCGGAUAACUUUUCCAAGGACGUCAGUCCUGUUAUUAAUUUUGAGAAUUUGCCGAAUUCUACCGGCAAAUAUGAGCAGUUGACGGACGUUUUGCAAAAAGUUAGAACUACGUUGAAAAAGGUGCAAAAUUGUAGUACCUGAUGGGUAUGAACAUGGUACAAAGUGUUUUGUAUAUAAUUAUCACUUGAUCUUAUGAAGUUUUAUAUGUAGUAAUUUAAUUCUUCUGACAAAGUGUACACGUGGUACAUUGUCAGUCUAAUAAGUUAAGAAAACGCAAAUGUAAAGAUAAGUUUAUUUGUCAUUUACAAUAAAGUCUUAUAUAAAACUA